AUGCUCAUUUGCUACGUUGGGUUCAAGAUUAUUGGUGCCAAAGCGCGUUUUGAAGCCCACAGCUCAGCUCUUCCACCAGCAAGCGUCCAACCCGAGGCAAGCAAGUUGAAGCCGGUUUUGGAUGUUGAAGCUGAAGCUGUGAGAGGUUUGCCGCCAACUCCCAUGGAACCAGCAGUUGAAGAGUUGCCAGCCGCAGCAAUUCCGGCACAGGCUCAGGCGGGGUUUGUCCCACAGCCUGGCAUCAUGGCACCUCCUCCAGCAUCAGCAGCCCCAUCUGGCCUUGCCACACCUAUGCAAGAUGAUCAACAGGCGCCUUUGACACCUGUACUGGAAGAUGAACCUGCGUCAAAGAAGGUGCGCAUUUGUGUGGUGGCCGGUGUUGAAUAUGAGCAUGAGGACGACCACAACUACACGUCCUUUACUAGUGAUGAGUUGGACAGCCUUGAAGAGUUUGACUUUGGCUUGACAAAUGAUGACGGUGAUGAGCCUGCUUCUGAAGAUGUGUUGGUGCAACAGCUGAUUUUUCCAUAUACAGAGCAAGAGCCACAGCUGAGCACAGAUCAGUUGAAGCACCUGGAUGCCAUUGCGAUGGAAGUGGAAACGGCCCGUUUGAAGCAGAUGGGUGUCCUUCUCCCUCCUGAGAGCGUUGAAGGAAUGAACCCAAAGAGACUUUCCACCAGGUAUGUCAUCACCUGGCGUGACAAGGUGUUGAAUGGCAAGAGGUGUUGGCUCAGGAGAGCCCGAUGCGUGGCAAGAGAGUAUGCUUGGUUGUCACCUGAACGUCAGGACCUGUUCAGCCCAGCAUCGAGCAACAUUACCAAUCGUUUGCUGCCUUCAGUGUUUUUGCAUUGGAAAAUGAAACAUCCUGAGAAGCAGUUUGUGAUGGGCGCCAUUGACAUUGGCGAUGCUUUUCUGACAGUUGAACAAAAACAACCCACGAUUGUUUCUUCAGGGUCAGAGACCUUUGCUCUGGGACGUGUGCUCCCUGGGCAACGAGAUGGCAGUCAACUUUGGUUUGAGAGCGUGAGUGGAUUCCUCAAUGAGAAGCUUGGCUUUGAACACUGCAGUGCAUACCCUAGCUUGCUUCACAGUCCAUGUGGUGAAUGUUUGAUUUUACUACACGUGGACGACAUGCUUGUGGUGACAGAACAGCAUUACUUCGAGGGCAAACUUCUUCCAGCCCUCAAUGGAAGAUACAAGACCUCAGUGCACUGCAUGAAACAGCCUGGGGAUACGUUUGAGUUUUUGAAACGUAUCCAUGUCCUUGUUGAUGAUGCGACGAUCCACAUCCAACAGAAUCCACGUCACUUUGACAAGUUGUUUGAAGUUGUUGGGGUUCAGAGCACAAUGAACCCAAAGAAAGUGCCUUGCCAUGAAAUGAUGAUGGAGGUAGAUGACACUCCAUUGCUCCAGGCAGAGAAGGCAUCUCGAUACAGGUCAGCUGUGGGCAUUUUGCUCUACCUUUCGACAGACCUUGUCGAGUGCUCAUACACCAUCAGGGGAUUGGCACGGUCUAUGAGUGCACCAACCGAAAGAAGCUGGACAAUGAUGAAACAUUUGUGUUUGUACCUACUUUCAGUACGUGACUUUUCCUUGCGUCUGCAGAUGAAAUUGAAUGGCCUGUGGCACUCACCACCCGAUGACAACGGAGUGGUGGUUGAACUGUUUUCAGAUUCAGACUGGGCAGCUCACAAAGGACACAGACGAUCAGUCAGUGCUGGAAUAGUUUGUUUCCAAGGUUGUCUUUUGCUUUCCACGAGCCGUACCCAGCGUGUGAUUGCCCUGAGCUCUGCAGAGGCAGAGAUUCAUGCUGCAGUGUCUACAACAUGCGAUGGUUUGCUUUUGCGUGUUUGCUUGGAGUUUUGCAUUGGAUGCAAAGUCAGGUUGAAGCUAAUUUUGGACAACAGUGAAUUGGUUGGUACAGAUGUGGUGAACAGGGAACGUGCAGCAGAUGAUGUCAGAGGUGUGCUACGCAUGCUGCGUGAAAGCAUUGGUGAAAGAAGCAGUCGCAAAACCAUGGUUGCAACGAAGCGUUCUCUGCAGACCUUGUUGCUGCUGAGUCUAGUGCAUUCCACAGACGCCUUUAGCCUGACGAGCCCAAUUUCCUUUUCAGUGCUUGAGCAAUUGCAACUUCAUGGACUUUCAUGUUGGAUGGUUUCAAUUGUGAUCCUCUUUCUCAUGUUUGCCUCACUGCUGAUUGCCAUGCCACCACGUCACAGCAUGUUGCAAGAACCAGAGCCAGAAGACACGUCUGGCAGUGCUGCAGUCUCUUCAAGCAGCCCUGCACCCAAGUACAACAAAGCGGCAGUGUACUGUUUCCUUUGCAUUUGCUUGAAACGCAGCUUGAAGCUGAUCGAUGAGGCAGAAGCUGAAGAUGACAGUGCAAAGACCAGUGCACUGCAUGCAAUCUACGAAGUUUUCAUGGAUUUGUUUUGUGCAUUUGAGCGUGAUGGAAUUUCUCCUACAAGCUUGCAGUCAAUGAAAGACAUGCGUGGUGCUUUGAAUGUGCAUGACCCAGACUUCAAGGCUAGUGAUUUCAUGACGAUAGAGCUUGACAAUGGUUUCACCAUGUCGACUCUUGAACCAGAGAUUGAGAGCUUGCUUCCUCCAGAUCCACCUGACGAUUUCUUUGCUGAAGAAAUGGCUCCUCCAUUUGAGCCUCGAAGCCCCGAGCAUAUGGCAAUGUGGAUGAUCCAACGAUUGACUGAGAAACUGCGUUUUGAGAUGGAGUCUGGAAAUCCUGCAGGUUGUUCCCAGCGUGAUGGCUCAGAGACCUAUGACAGAUUGACUUCCGAAGCUUUGGUUGCGUCUAGCGUGAAGCAACUUCGUGCUACAGGGUUGCCUACUGGAAAUUGCAAAUCACUUCUCAGUGUUCUUUUGGUGAGCGCCUUGAGCCCGAUGGCAAAUGCUAUGGAGCUUUCUCCAAAGACUUCUCCCUUGGUGGUUCUUCUCCUCACCAUGCUGGUGAUUGCCUUCGGCUUGAUCUUCUGGCUUGGCUUGCGAGUUCAUAGGUUGCAGGGUUCUUUGAACAUGAAGCCAACACUUCUUGAAGUGAUGAAAGUGUUGCACGACAACUUGAAGUUGAAAGACAUUCAGGGCGAAGAGUCAGAGGAAAGUGAUGAUGAUGAGAUGGAAGAAUCUCCAAAUGCUCGACUUCAGCGCUAUCAGAAUGCUGAAGAUAUGAGUCAAGUUUCCGAUAAUGAUGAAUGGUGCAAAAUCCACCAUGGCCCACGCUAUGAUGAUGAUGGAAUAGAACACGAGCUUGGUGAAAUGCAUACUGCGCUUCAAGCAAGACUUCACCGUCUUGAGAGUGAUUGGAAUGAGGCAGAAGUCCGGAAUGAUUUGGAAGCCAUGCGCCAACUUGAACUUCAGAUAAUGGAAGUCAGUGCCCUGCUUCCUAGGAACCCUUAGCUUGUGCAGCCCUUGACGCAUUGUGUGGCAACUUGGUUUUUAGAAGUGAAUACAGGUUCACCCGUUUAGCUUGUUCACCUGAGGCGGGGUGAGAGAAUUUGACGCUGUUGCCCCAUGCGCAAGGAUGACACUGCACAGUUGAGAAGUGUAACAAGUUUGGUAUCACAUGUACAUUGAGCUUGCAUUUGUAGGCGCUUCGGA